UUGAGUUUGGAGGAGAACAGCUUUCUGAACCAGUACGGCGACGGCGACCGAGCAACGAUGAUAGCAAGGUAUAACCUGUAUCCUCCAUGUCCAAGGCCUGAUCUCAUUCUUGGUGUCAAACCACAUGCAGAUGGAACAGCCAUUACCUUUCUUUUGCAAGACAAAGAAGUAGAAGGCCUCCAAGUCCUGAAAGAUGAUCAGUGGUUUAGAGUUCCCAUUGUUCCCAAUGCUCUUCUCGUUAAUGUCGGAGAUCAAGCAGAGAUAAUGAGUAAUGGAAUGUUCAAGAGCCCACUGCACAGGGUUGUGACCAACUCAGAAAGAGAGAGAAUGACUUUGGCUGUGUUUUGUACUCCAGGGUCAGAUAAAGAGGUCCAACCAGUGGAGGAGCUCAUCGGUGAAAAUAGGCCAAGGUUGUACAAGAAGGUGAAAAAUUAUGUUGAUAUUUUUUUUCAAAAUUAUCAGCAAGGAAAGAGACCCAUUGAAGCUGCAAAGAUAUAAUCUUGAGAAGAGU